AUGGCACCUACCGCUACCGCUUCCCAGCCUUCUGUGGCACAUGCACCAGUCACUAAGCACUCGGUCACGAAUCGCAAAAAGGACGAUGUCGAAUAUGGCUCGGAGCGUUUGAUCUAUAUGGAACACGAAUACAGUGCUCACAAGGUUUGGGAUCCUGAGGGUAAUGAAUACAUUGAUAUGCUAUCUGCCUACUCUGCUGUGAACCAAGGCCAUUGUCAUCCCCGACUUGUUGCCGCGCUCACAGAACAGGCACAGAAGCUCACGCUUUCAUCUCGUGCGUUUUAUAACUCUCAAUUCGGACGGUUUGCCGAACAUAUCACCAAGUUAUUCGGGUAUGAUAUGGUUUUACCGAUGAACACCGGAGCUGAAGCGGUCGAAACUGGAAUCAAGUUGGCUCGUAAAUGGGCAUACUUGAAGAAGGGUGUCCCUGAAGGCAAAGCUAUCGUUCUUGCUGCCAAAGACAACUUCCAUGGGCGUACGAUGGGCGUGAUUAGCAUGUCUACGGACCCUGAUUCGCGGCGCGAAUUUGGACCAUUCUUGCAGAAUGUUGGUCCGAGCAUCGAGAUCAACGGCCAAACGCACAUUAUCAGAUACAAUAAUGUUGACGACGUUAAGCGUGCAUUGGAGGCUCAUGGAAAAGACAUCGCUGCAUUCCUCGUCGAGCCGAUUCAGGGCGAGGCCGGAAUUGUAGUACCUGAUGAGGGCUACCUAUCCCAAGUUCAUGCGCUCUGCAAGAAACACAAUGUGCUCUUGAUCUGCGAUGAGAUUCAAACGGGCCUGUGCCGAACCGGGAAGAUGCUCGCGUGCGAUCACGAUAAUGUUCGUCCUGAUAUUGUUCUCCUUGGAAAGGCUCUCUCCGGUGGAAUGUAUCCCGUCAGUGCCGUACUUGCCGACAAGGAUAUCAUGCUUUGCAUCAAGCCUGGCGAGCAUGGUAGCACCUAUGGAGGGAACCCUCUGGGCGCCGCCGUUGCAGUCGCAGCUCUCCAGGUUCUAGUCGACGAGGAUCUUGCUGAUCGCGCAGACAAGCUUGGUCACAUCUUCCGUCAAUCUAUCAACGACCUCAAUUCACCAUUGGUUAAACUUGUACGCGGAAGGGGUCUCUUGAACGCUGUCGUGAUUGAUGAGGCCAAGAGCACUCGAGGCCGAACCGCGUGGGAUUUGUGUUUGUUGUUGAAGAGCCGUGGUGUGUUGGCCAAGCCGACACAUGUCAACGUUAUUCGCUUUGCGCCCCCGCUUGUUAUAUCCGAAGCUGAGCUCCGCAAGAGUAUUAGUAUCAUUGCUCAGUCUUUGCGCGACCUCGAUACGGUCGACUUCAUUCCCGGAGCGGAUGAAGCUCAUUGA